AUGGUAACCGAACUACCAUCCUCGCUAGAUGCUCUCGAUGCUGAGACACCGCUAAAUGCCUCUGAGCUCAAUGUACUAAAAGCGCAAUAUGAGCGCGAGGGUGAGAUGGUUGGCAUCCAGACCAAGUUCAACUACGCCUGGGGCCUCGUCAAGUCCAACCAGCGAAACGACCAGCAGCUCGGUGUGCGCCUUCUCUCGGAUAUCUUCCGCAUCUCCCCCGAACGUCGCCGCGAAUGUCUCUACUAUCUUGCCCUUGGCAACUACAAGCUCGGCAACUACGGCGAAGCGCGUCGUUACAACGACCUCCUUCUUGACAAGGAGCCUGCCAACCUUCAAGCAUCCAACCUACGCCAACUGAUCGAUGACAAGGUUGCCCGCGAGGGGCUGAUGGGUGUCGCUAUUCUGAGUGGUGUUGGUGUUGCGGCCGGUGUGGUAGGAGCAUUUAUCCUGAGGAAUGCUAGGAAGAGGUAG